AUGGCUGCAGAGCAAUGGAAAAAACGGAGUAAAGGAGAGUUAGCAGGAAUCGCAGGCAAGGGCAUCAUUUAUACAAUAGAGUACUAUGACAGGCCUGGAGCAGCAUCUGCUAAAGGACUGUAUGCUGAAGCAGGGGCGUAUGCGACUGGUUUUGGAAACAAAUCUGGACAACGCGUCCUGAAAGCCGGUGCCAGCGCUGCGGCUGGAGUAGGAAAAGCUCGAGCCGAGUGGAGACUCUGUGAAGCUGAAGCUAAUGGUCCAAAUGCCUCUGCAGGUGCUUACGCUAGUGUUCUUGGUGCAGAGGCCAAGGCUGCAGCGGUUUUAGGACAAGCCCGAGCACAGUGCAGCAUCCUUGAAGCCGAGGUCAAAGGUCCAAAUGUGUCUGUAGGUGCUCAGGCUGGUGUUGAAGGUGUAGGUGCCAUGGCUAGAGCUGAGAUCGCAAGUGCAUCAGCAUCUGCUGGCAUAGUUGGAGUGAAGGCUGGGUUGGGGUUUGAUACUGGUGCUGAAUUAAAUCCUACAGGUGCUGAAGUUAAGUUCCUGGGCAGUGGAUUUUCUCUUGGCAGAAAAAUGGGAAUUUCAUAUUUUGGAAGUGAACUGAGCUUUAAUCUUUGGUAAAAAAAAGAUAAAAAAUGUUAUGGCCUGGGACAGCUUUGCUGCUUUAGGUUCUGGAAAAAUUGCUGUAAUUAAUGGAACCAUGAAUUCUGCUCUACUAGAAAAUCCUCAAGGAGAAUGUUUGCCCAUUGGUUUGUGACCUUAAGCUCAGGCAUACUUGGGUUCUGCAGCAGAACAAUGACCUGAAGAACACCAGCAGGUCUAUCUCUAAAGGGCUAAACUAAACUAAACUCAAAGUCUGAUUGAGAUGCUGUGGCUUAAUCUUAAUCAGGCUGUUAAUGCUAGAAAACCCUCCAAAGUGCCUGAAUUAAAACAUUUCUAUUUUUUAAAUGAUCACAAAAAAGCAUUUUGCUAUGCAGUAUUAAGAUAUUUCCUGUCAUAUUUCUGAUUUAUUUUUUCAAUUGUUUUUAUUUAUCCUAUUUUGAAUAUUAUAUUUUUAUUAAAUCUUUAUCUUUUGAAUUAAAUCA